AGAAAGUUGAGGUUCUUGUAUUGCUCUCUUCAUUGGCGCUAAGUACCCAGCUGUAAUAAAAAAUAACAACAAUACAAAAAUAUGGAUUUCUUUUGUGCUCUUUGCCUUCAAGGGCGGACAGUGGGGAAAGCGGGACCCCGGCGGGUUUUUGAGGAGGAGCUUGCAGAGCGAGUCCACACUGUCGGGGAAACCUCUCCGUACCGUAUCCUGCGUAAAAACCCUCGCACUCCAAAGUUGUCAUGCAGAGUUGCAUAAUUUGUCCACACCUACAGGAACAUCAACAUUUGUUGAAUACGGAUCCCCAGCAGUGGCAUUUUGCAUCGUAGUUUGAAAUUUGUGAUGCUGUAGACAGGAUGAGGAGAUUGAAUUGUCGUGCGGCUGUUCUUGGUAAGCGUAAUCUGCACUACAGUAGCAGUACUCAUGAAAACUUGUCAUGCGUGACUGCGAAAGCUUCUGAAUUUGUAUUGCGGAGUUCCCAACUACUUACAACUUGUCUACGGGGCGGGGACGUUUUUCCUCGGGAUAUACCGGAUCGGAAAGUUAUGUGAUGUGAACGUGUAGUCCAUUUUUACUACUCCGAGUAGAACAAACCAAAUUAUCUUGCUUUUUGUGCACGACCAAGAAACGACGAAAAAGAAACUACUGUAUUCCACUAGACUUUGUUGAAAUGGAAUUUAAGGGAGAUUUGUCUUUCUGCCAGAUUGAGCCUUCUAUGUUGAAUCGUGCAGGACAGACAACCUCUACGGGUUGGUACAUGUGCUGCACCGGCACAUCGCCCAUUUCGGCUAGAGGAUCAAGAUCCGCUUGUUCACCGGCAAUUUGGAAGAUGGACAUCAUAUUUGCAAUGCAUAUACGGGACGAUACAACAAGGCAGCUGACGAUCACAUUUUGCGGUGGUUCGUGCUACGUGACCAAUUUCCUACCGUCCUCACCACCAACCGCCUAUGCAGUGCAAAUAUGUCAUCUGUGUCUGGAACGAUGCGAACUUGUGAUGCGCAUAAGUUCACUCCAGACAAAAUCCUUUAUGCAUGACAGUAGGCAGCAAAAGGUACUUACCCCUUUUUUCCUGCCACCGAAGAAGUGGGGAUUUAUCAUGCGGAUUACAGCUCUUGCGAAGCGACCUUCUCGAAGUCUGUGAUGCUAAAAAGGCUUCCAUGCCGGACCUUCUGUGUCACUGUCUCUGCCCUGGAAAAGCUGCAUGACAAAAAUCUGCAUUCUUCCAGACCCAGACACAUUUGCAUUUGAUACCGCCACCUGCGCGAGGACGAAGGUCUCAUCGUGCUGCGGAAAACAGUUGAAACCAUGCAGACCAUGUCGUGUUCUUCAAACGCAACCACCGAAGAUCGAGUGAACAACAACCGAGUGGGCCUUGUCCCGCAUGACCCAUACUGCUUUCCGGGUUUGCACACAGCCCGCCCCGCAUGCGCAUCUAACUCUGCCGGUUCUUCUCAGGAAUCUUCGGCUUGCUUGGUGCCGCAGGCCAUUCGUGUGGAAUUCGGGGCUGCCAAUAUGGGGUCAUCUGGAGGACAAGCGUCUCCACCAGCAGUCCAGAUCACAACUACCGACGCCGGCUUCACGGACGAAUUCGCGAGUGUGCAGCAGUGGGCGCAAUUUUUGCUCAACGCAGUCCGCGAUCUUGGGAGGAAGGACCCCUACUCGCGGUGGCGGUUGUUUCAGGUGAAAUUGUCGGUGGACGCCUUUUCGCCGGUGUGCGACAUGCAGGACUUCCAAAAACUGCUGGUAAAGCUGCAGGACCAACUGCGGGAGUUUGGGCAUUGAUGCUGGAUAUCAACUGCAAAAAUGUCUGGGUCUGGAAGAGUGCCAACUUGUGAUGCUGCAUUUGGAUUCCAACAAAAAAUUUGUAUUGCAUGAGUAGCAAAUGGAAUGCAAUUUUUGCUACCCGGGUAGGGCAUUUGUCAUGCGAAAUAGGCAUCAAGAACCCCUCGAAAAAUCUGUGAUGCUACGGCAUGCAUCACUGACAUAUUGGCUCAUGCAAAACGUCCAUGACAAGUGUCAGAAUCUUCCAGACCCAGACAUUUUUACAGUCGAUGCUGGAAGUGGACGUGUCAGGUGUGGAGGUAAAAUCCGAUCCCUAGAAAAAAUGAACAGCCACCAAAUAAAGGAAAGACGCUGGUGUGCAAAAAUCCAGUGCUGAUGAAAAGAAGAAAACUACAGCAAAUCUCUACAGUUUUGCCAAGAAAAUGAAGAUGAUCAGACGUGAAUAAUCUAUAAAGAAAAUGUCGCGAGGUUGUAACGACAGAAGGUGCAGCUUCUAAAAAAUUUUCGAGGAAGAUGCGCAGCCACUUUUUCUGG